GAAGAAUAAUUUUGGGCAGGAGAAGUCUGAGAUUUAUAAAUUUUUGUUAACGGAAGAUAUUAAAGGAUAUAGGACAAAUGGAGCUGAUAAAGAACGUUUAUGGUUGAAUUCUGGCAUCUUCACAAUUGGGAGAAUGUCACAAGCUUCUGGAGGUUUCCUGCUUCCAUUGGGCCCUUUGAUGGGACAAAAAAGGGUUUCUCCAGCUGAAAUAGAGAGCAAAGAAAUCAGAGGCUUCUCAGAGUCAAGUAAGGAAGAAUCAUUUCAAAAGACACUUGAAUUGGCGGUGACUUCCUCAGCUGGAGAUAAAAAUGCUGCAGACAUAGAGGACAACAGAUCACAGACGUCGUUUAACCCUGUAACAUCCAUACCAUCAAAGGAAUCUAUGCAAAAAGAAAAACUUGAUUCUUUAACUGGAUCAGGACCACCAAACAGUUUUGCAAAAUCUCUGCAGCAUGCUGAAACUCUACUGUGGAAUCAGCUUCAACCUGGGUGGAGAUGGCUAAUGACUAAGCACCAAAUUGAAGACAGUUGUUCGGACACAGAUAGUGAUGAUUCAUUGCUGUGCCCUGAUCUGGAUACUCCUUCAGGAAGACUGGCUGAGGCUGAACGGAUUGCCUUUGACCUAAGUAAAUGUUGCCAGCUGCAACGAAGUCUAAAAGGAGGUUUAUUUCAUGGUCAUGUAAAAUCAUUGCCCUCAGAUAAACUGGGCACCACUGAUUUCCAUUAUCAUCGGACCAUAUCAAGUUUAGCAAACAAUUAUGCAAAGCUUCAGAUACUGUUGGAACGUAGAUCUUGUAUUCUUCUAAAUAAAGCAUAUGCCAUGAGUGUAAGUGGAGCAUCUAAAUUUGUAAGAAAACUGACAGAAUUGCUGACUCAAGAGCAAGAAAUGUCCAAAAAAGUAAACUUGGGCAUGGACCAUUCAAGUGGCAUAUCUGUUAAGAGACUUGGACGUCUGUGUGAAGAACUGAGAUACCAUACAAGCCACUGGAAAUGCCUUAGUGAAAAAAUUAAGAAUGAUCCUUGGUUAAAUUGUCAGCUGAUACAUAUGAAGGAAACCUUUAACCAUAUGAAGCAGGCUUUGACAUUGUUGGGCAUAUAUGCUGUUUUUUUCAUGGAGCAAUAUAUUUUCACAGUACUUUGUACCUUAGCAUAUGCUAAACCUUAUAUUCUUCCUUCAGAAUCGCUUUGGGAAUUUUUUCAUGGUCUGGAAAUAUUCAAUAGCAUUGUAUCAGAAUCUAAUAUGCAUCAGUCAUACCUUGAACUGAAGAAAGGUAUUGAAGAAAUUAAUAUAAAUGAAUCUGAUUUACUGUCUCAAAGGUUGAAAAUAACUUUGUGUGGAAAGAGUUGGACCUCAAAAAUUGAACCAUUCCUAGUAGAAAGAGUUUUGGGCGUUUUGGCCAAUGAAAGAGGAAGAAUAGCAUCCCAAUGUUUCUAUGAAGUCAUUAUGACAAACAAAACAUUUCUUUCAACUGUGAAUAAUAAUAACCUCACAGCUUUGGAUUGGGAAAAUAUAAAAAUGUCUUUUUUUCAGAGUUUUACAAAUAGUCAUAAUAUAUUUUGUGGUGAAGGUAUAAGAAUUAGCCUGUGUCAACCAAAAUUAGAGGACGAUAAGCAAGAAUUAGAACCUUGUACCUGUAAGGCAUUUAUUCAAGAAUUCUGCAUGGAAGAUGACGUGCUUCUGAACCGUAUUGUUGAUGGUCUUGCUACAUCCAACAUGCUGUGGCAACAUGUUAUGAAUAGACCCAAGUCUGAUAAACCACAGGAACCUAAAGCUCAAGAUUUGCAAUUGCAGCAAACCAUCUUCUCAACAGAAAAUAACCCUCAACAAGAUUUAGAUGCCAAACAAGGCGUUGAAAUGAGUAGACAUUCUUUAGUCCCCCCUUUUAGGAGAAAGUCUGUACACUGGCAGGACUCAUCGCAUUGUGAAGGAAAAGUUGUUCUAUAUUGUAAAUACAAAACCAUGAUGUGGAAAGCCUUUGCAACUCACCUGAGUGAUCGAUUCUACUUCCAACCAUGGCUUUCUUAUGGAACCUCUAAACAUUCUCUUGGAAAGCUGGAUCAGUGCAAAGCUCAAAUUACUGCACUACUUAUUCAAGUACUGCAAGAAGCAUGUUACAAAGGAUUACUGCCAAAUGAUUCUGAGCCAUUUGUAAAGGAUGUUUGCCUUUUCAUGUUGUCACGGAUUGCUCUCGUUUAUUGGGAUCAAGUUUUCUGCAGUGCCUUGGGAUCAAUGUUGAAGGAUAAAUGUUUUCCUGAUCCUGAGAGGAAGGGAGGUACAGUGAGAAGCAGGACAACUGGGCUUUUCCUGGAGCUCUUUCACCCACUCUGUGUGAUGCUGACCUGGUUGAACACGGAUGAAGCUCAAAAUGACGGUGCCAGGACUGGAAUAGUUCGAAAGCUGGUAGUGCCAUCAAUCUUGGUGCGGACAAUGAGUCAUUGCAUCACAACAGUGCAGACAUCAUCCCAUUGGUUAAUGACAAGAGGUUUCCAAUUCCUUUCUUCUUGGUCCAUGAAUCAGUUUCUGCUAGUAAUUCAAGCAGAUCUAAAACUUCUCAGGGUUAUGGCAUCGAAGAUGGUGCAGCUUGCAGAAACCUUAUGCUUUGAGGAAAUAAGUAGCCAAGGAAUCCAGGAGACUUUGCUGUUGGCUCAAGUAACUACACUAGUGAAAGAACUCAGCUAUGUUGCAGCCAUCUUCAAUACAUUUUCAGUGAAGGCACUAACGAUAUUUUCAACUAACUGUAAAAGGAUGGCUGUUGAUAUAUUUGAACAGACUAUGCCUGUGGGAAGACAAUGGAGGGUAAAUUAUCGAUCAGUUGAGCUCCCCAGUAAACCCAAUGAAUAUGCAACUGCUGCUGUGCAGACUGUGAUUGGUCAGGUUCUGGAGGGAAUUCAACCACUACCAGAAGAUGCUCAAAUUGUUCCAUUAACAGAGGCCCUGACUGCUUUUAUGGAGGCCUGGAUGGAUCACAUAUUGAGGCAAAAGAUAAAAUUUAGCCUCCAGGGUGCCUUGCAGCUGAAGCAGGAUUUUGAUAUAAUCAGAGACUUACUCUGCUCAGAUGAACAGCAACUCUCAUCAGAAAUCAGACAGGCUAUUCUUUCUCUCCGUGUCUUCCAUCAAGUGGACAAUGCCAUUAUCUGCCUCCUUCAGCAACCUAUCAGGAGGGUCUAUUUUCCAUCAAACGCCUGGGAGCCAUUCAGGAGCUGCUGCUGCUCUUCCACCAGGACGGUCGACUUCAGUCACGGGAGCUUGAGCAGUCUUGACAGCCUGGAUUUGCGGACUGUAAGGACCAGAGCAAACUUUCAGCCUAAAGCCUCCACAGGUUCUGAGCUACUGAGCAAGAUCAGGGCAACCGGGCACCCAGAGUCCUAUUUGGCAGUAAAUCAGGAGGAGUGGCUUGCUCUGCGAGCAGACAGCAAUAGGCGCUGGAAAGUUCUUCACUUGCCCUGUAUGAAUAAAACUGCAGAGCAGUGAGCUGUCAGUGCUCUUUCGGUUUAUAAAUUGGAACUGUUGAUCCAUGGGAUUGCAUUACAGCAAAGCACUUUAAUGUUUUUUUUUAUUUUUCAGUUAAAUAUCUUACCCAAUUGAAGGCCUUGAGCAAAUUGAACUUGAAGAAGGGUUACAUUUCCUAUAUAAUUGACCCAAAUUCAGGAGAUAGUCUCAAGCUGCCUUGUAGCUCUGAAACAUUAACACUAUGAAAGCUAACCCUAAAAAAACUCCUUUGUGAAUGGACUUUCAUAUAGUUUUGCAAGGCAAAAGUAUAGAUAUUAUUCAUUUUUUUUACCAUUUGUGUGUGUAUGAAAGAACUCUUUAUACUAUAUUGAAAACCAGUGUUUUUUGACUCAAGAAGUGUACUACAUAAUCAUUUGUCAUAUUUUUAAAAACACUGAACUGUAACGGACCACCUUUACCAAAGUUCUUAUCUUUGGGUGAUUUAUACUGCCCCCAAAAUUUGUUUGUAAUGUUGCAACUUGGCAGAUGCCUGGUAUGAUUGAAAUUUUUUUGGGUCAGGCAAAAGAAACUGUAAAUAAUACAUAAUGAGUGCCUGUCUUUAAUUAUCUUUCCUAUAGAAGAUUUUGUAUUCAGAUCACAUACAUUAAAAAAAAUAAUACUUUU